GUGGCGGUGGUCUGACGUGUUGUGACGUUGCAAAAAUUCUCGCAUUCAAAGUUACGAAAUAAUUUCACAACCUUCUUUAAGUGAUUGUUGCACUAUGAAUUCAACGAACAAUGUUUCCGACGAAUGUAACCGUACUAACGAGAUGUUACAUUUUCAAAGCACCGUGUUAAUAUGGAGUCCAUACGUCUACCUCUGGUUGGCUACAGCAUUUGAAGUUUAUUACUUCAUGACGAGCCGCGAAAAAAACAUACCGUGGACAGUAUUAAACAUUACCAAGCUGGUUAUGAUAACGCUUCUUGUCAUUUUAAAGUGUGUGGAUUUCGGAAUGACCAUAUACUUCCGGUUGCCGCAAACAUUGGCUUUCCAACACAUCAUGAAAAUAUUGACGUUUACGUUGUCAGCAAGCUUAGUAUGGCUUAACAAAAAACAUGGAAUGCGAGCUUCCGGCGUACUGUUUUUCUUCUGGUUACUGUUAGCUGUCAUCGAAGUACCCAGGCUGUGGUGCAAAGCAUUGGAAUUGAAAAUGAACUUCGUAAACGGAAUACAAUACGGAUUUAUUAGUCUUGCUAUCCAUUACGGACUGAUAGUAUUAUUGUUAAUAUUGAAUUGUUUCGCUGACGCAGCGCCACGUGAUUCCGUGUACACGGAUUCUCAGAACCAAUGUCCCGAAAGAUCUGCUGGUUUUCUAAGUCGUCUAACCUUCAGUUGGUUCGAUUCUUUAGUACUAAAAGGAUACCGUAAGGAAUUUGAAGAAGGCGAUGUGUGGGAUUUGAAUUAUCAAGAAUCUUCUUCAGAAGUCGUACCUAGAUUUAAGAAAUACUGGGAACAACCGGCAAAUAGACGUGACUCAUCAACAAAACACAUAAAAGCAAAAUUUCGAAGAAGAUCAACUGAUAGAUCUAUGAAAACUAAUACUAAAAAUCGAACUGUGUCAAUAUUACCAGCUCUUUGCUUUGCCUUCGGAGGACAGUUCAUGUUUGGGACGUUCCUGAAACUGCUGAGUGAUAUUUCCAUUUUUUUAUCACCACAACUGCUCAAGCUUCUUAUAGGGUUUAUAAGCAGCGAUGAGCCAACAUGGAGGGGCUACUUAUAUUCUUUCCUGUUCUUUGGUUGUGCCGCUCUUGAAACAACGCUGUUGAGUCAUUACACUUUGAAAAUGAACAUUGUCGGAAUGAGGAUAAGAACAGCAUUAACGAACGCUAUUUACCAAAUGGCUCUUCGCAUGAACAAUACGACGCGGAGGCAGUCGACAGUUGGUGAAAUUAUUAAUCUGAUGUCCGUGGAUGCCCAAAGAUUCGUCAGUUUGACAAGCACAUUAAACAUGAUUUGGUCUGCGCCUUUUCAGAUUGUGCUUGCUAUUUAUUUUUUGUGGGGCGUACUAGGUCCUUCUGUGCUCGCCGGAUUGGCGGUUAUGAUUCUUUUAAUUCCAAUGAACGGUUUCAUUGCUCGUAUGGAAGAGAAACUGGAAAUCAGAUUAAUGAAAUUCAAAGAUAACAGAAUUAAAAUCAUGAAUGAGGUGUUGAACGGCAUUAAGGUUCUAAAAAUGUAUGCUUGGGAAUUAAGUUUUCAAGGACAGAUUAACCAAGUGAGAAAUAAAGAACUUAAUAUACUGAAGAAAGUGAUUUACUUAGAUUCUCUGACGUCAUUAACGUGGUCUGCGACACCAUUUCUGGUUUCACUCACGUCUUUUGGGUGUUUUAUUUUAGUAAAUGAUUCGGAGAGUUUGGAUUCAAAGAAAUUAUUUGUGGCCUUAUCUCUAUUCAACAUAUUACGUUAUCCAUUAAUGAUGCUGCCAAACACAAUAUCAAAUAUCGUUCAAACUUCCGUUAGCAUAAAACGUUUAAAUAAAUUUUUGAAUUCAACGGUUUUAGAUUUAGAAUCAAUCGAACAUGACCCUCAAUAUUCCUAUCCGAUAACUGUGGAAAACGGACACUUCUCGUGGGAAGGUCAAGAUUCUAGUACGGUGUUGAGAAAUAUAAAUUUGCGUGUGCCCCGAGGUUCUUUGGUGGCAAUAGUCGGUGCUGUGGGCGCCGGGAAGAGCUCGUUACUGUCCGCACUUUUGGGCGAGAUGACUAAGGUGUCGGGACGUGUCAACGUUCACGGUACAAUAGCAUACGUGUCACAAGAGCCAUGGAUACAGAAUGCCACAUUGAAAGAUAACAUUCUCUUCGGGAAGCCGUUUAAUAAAUACAAAUAUAAGAAUGUACUAAACGCCUGUACUCUUGUGCAAGACUUGGAAAUAUUUCCCGGGGGAGAUCUAACUGAGAUAGGUGAAAAAGGUAUAAACUUAUCGGGCGGUCAGAAGCAGCGCGUGUCGCUGGCGCGCGCCGUGUACCACGAGGCGGACAACUACCUGCUGGACGACCCGCUGAGCGCCGUGGACUCGCACGUCGGCAAGCACAUCUUCGACAAGGUCAUCGGGCCCGCCGGCCUGCUCAAGGACAGGACGCGCGUCUGGGUCACGCACAACGUGUCCUACCUCCCGCAGACCGACCUGGUCGUCGUGCUGCGCGACGGACAGGUCUCCGAGGCCGGCUCCUACCAGCACCUGCUCGAGAAGAAGGGCGCCUUCGCUGACUUCCUGCUUCAUCAUCUAAGCGAUGCAGAACGGUCAUCAGUCGAAUCUGUCAGAAAACAAGACCACGAAUACAGAUGUUCAAGGACAGAAUCCCACCAGAAUUUACAAAGAAUUCGUUUACAUUCCGAGAGCAACUCAGAAGCAGAGGACAGAUCAGGAAAACUAGCUAUCAGCUUUAAAAGAAGUAUCGAAGAAAUUAUUUUAAAUAAAUCCGCCGAGCACGUUAGUUAUACUGAAAAAGAAAAAUCUGAAAGGGGCAGUGUUUCGUGGAUGGUUUACAAGCACUACUUGAAAAACAUCGGCGUACUGGCCGCAGCAGCUACUAUACUAAUGAACGUGGUUCUACAGCUCUUUCAUAUCGGUUCGAGCUAUUGGUUGGCAGAAUGGUCCGACAACGAGAACGAAGUUGUUAACAGUACUAUGAAUUUGAACCAGCGGAACAAGUACCUCGCAGUAUACGCUGGCCUCGGUAUGGGACAAGCGAUAUCGUCAUUUCUAGCCGACUUGAUACCAUACUUGGCGUGCUGGCGAGCUGCGAAGGUCAUCCACGAACUGUUACUGGACAAUGUGUUAAAGACGCCGUUGCAUUUUUUCGAAGUCACGCCUAUUGGCAGAAUACUGUCAAGAUUCUCUAAAGAUAUUGAAAUUAUUGACUCUAUGCUACCUUCUCAAUUAAUCAAUGGGGUGUAUUGCGUCUUCGAACUCAUUGGCAUUUUAUUCGUGAUAAGCUUGUCGACGCCAUCAUUCUUAGCAAUAGUUGUACCAGUAGGUCUAGUGUACUAUGUAAUACAACGGUUCUACGUGGCUACGUCUCGUCAGCUCAAGCGGCUAGAGUCCAUAGCUCGCUCGCCGAUAUUCUCACACUUCGGCGAAACGAUCAGUGGAGCAGCCACCAUUCGCGCUUUCAACGUAACCGAGAGGUUUAUUGAAGAAUCAAAUGAAAAGUUAGAUCGCAACCUCGCUUAUUGCUAUGCGAUUGUAGUAGGAAAGCGAUGGCUUGGUUUCCGAUUAGAAUUCAUUGGAAACUUCAUAUUAUUUUUCGCUGCAAUGUUUGCUGUUCUCAGCAGAGAUACUAUAAGCUCGGGUCUCGUGGGACUUUCCUUAACCUACGCUAUGCAGGUAACUGCAUCGUUGAAUUGGCUUGUUCGGCUAGCUUCUGAAAUUGAAAGUAAUAUUGUAGCUGUAGAACGGAUAAAAGAAUACUCUGAGAAAAAUAAGGAAGCUGCGUGGAACUUAGGGAAAGGGCCCGGCGUGACGUGGCCCGAGACGGGAGCGCUACAGCUGGAGCAGCUGACGCUGGAGUACCGCCCCGGCGAGCCGGCGCUGCGUGACGUCACGUGCACGGUCGCGCCGCGCGACAAGCUCGGCAUCGUGGGACGCACCGGCGCCGGCAAGUCUACUCUCACGCUCGGGCUCUUCAGGAUCGUGGAGGCAGCCGCCGGACGCAUCCUGAUCGACGGCGUCGACAUCGCGACCCUCGGGCUGCACCAGCUGCGGUCGCGCAUCACCAUCAUCCCGCAGGAGCCGAUCCUGUUCUCGGGCACGCUGCGCACCAACCUGGACCCGUUCGAGGCGUAUAGCGACGAGGAGAUCUGGCGCGCGCUGGAACACGCCCACCUCCGUGCCUUCGUGCAGGGGCUGCCGGCCGGGCUGCGGCACGAGGUGGCGGAGGGCGGCGAGAACCUGUCGGUGGGACAGCGCCAGCUCGUGUGCCUGGCGCGCGCGCUGCUACGCAAGACGCCGCUGCUGGUGCUGGACGAGGCCACCGCGGCCGUCGACCUCGAGACUGACGACCUCAUCCAGAAGACGAUCCGCUCGGAGUUCGCGUCGUGCACGGUGCUCACUAUCGCGCACCGCCUCAACACCAUCAUGGACUCCACCAAAGUGAUGGUGCUCGACCGCGGGCAGCUCGUAGAAUAUGCGGCCCCUCAACAACUACUUAACGAUAAAAACUCCAUUUUCUACUCCUUAGCAAAAGAUGCUGGAAUUGUCAGUUGAUUUUGGUGAAAAAUAUUGUACUGUGUAUUAUUUUGCAUGAUAAUUACGUCGGACGUGACUUUUUUAAAGUAGCAUAUUAAUGCCAGAGCACUGAAAAUUAAUAUAAGACACAUAUUUCUUUGCAGCGACAAAGAUAGUUAUAAUGAAUCCAAACCAUUAAAUUGUAAUUUUAUUUUAAUUUUUAAUGCGAAUUUUGAUUUAAUUACUUUA